AUGCAGACGGCGGCGGCGGCGGCGGCCGUGGCGUGGGCGGCGGUCCCAUCGACGUCCGCCUCCUCAUCCUCCUCGCCCAACCCCUUCGGGGUGGGGGUUGCGUCGACGGCCGUGCCGGCUUCUUCCGCGCCCAGGCUUGUUGCCGCCUCCACGCCCCUGGGUCGUCGACGGCGGCGGCAAGUGGUUCAAGCUGUUGCCAAUCCAGACCCUGCGAUCGAGCUGCCACUGACUGCUGAAAAUGUUGAGAUGGUGUUGGAUGAAGUAAGGCCGUAUCUUAUGGCAGACGGAGGCAAUGUUGCGUUGCAUGAGAUUGACGGGAACGUGGUAAGGUUAAAGCUGCAAGGAGCAUGUGGGUCGUGCCCGGCUUCAGUAACAACGAUGAAGAUGGGUAUUGAACGGCGCUUGAUGGAGCAAAUACCAGAGAUUGUUGCGGUUGAGCCCAUCGCUGAUGAGGAGACAGGCCUUGAGUUGAACCAAGAGAACAUUGAAAAGGUACUUGACGAGAUUAGGCCAUACCUUGCUGGCACAGGAGGUGGCGAGCUCGAGUUUGUCACAAUCGAGGAGCCUAUUGUCAAGGUUAGGCUUACAGGCCCAGCUGCUGGUGUGAUGACUGUCCGAGUAGCGUUGACUCAGAAGCUCCGUGAGAAGAUCCCUAAAAUCGCAGCUGUCCAGCUAUUGCCAUAA